AAGUAGGUAGUAUUGCAAUCACUACUCGUGAAGUCUAAUCAGCUUGUUUUUGACAAUCGCCGGUGUGAGAUAAUCAAUAUUGUGACAAAAUUAUCGAAACUUACGGUUUCGCGUUAAAAGGACCUGCGAUUACUAGCGGUUAGAUUAACUGUCAUAUACAGCAAGAUUGUGUUGAAGUGUUUACUGCUUGUUCAGUGAUUAGUGCGAUGUUUUGAUAAUUUGCAUACUAAAUCCAUUGUCAGCUGGAGGAUUUGAUAACUGCGGACUGAACUAUUAUCAUUGUGUUUUCUACUUUUGAAAUCGUGUUUUUAGUUUGCUUUCUGCACCCAUCGAAUGAUAUUAAAAUUUUUUCGCAGAAUGUCGUCGGUUGAUAUAUCAGCGCUUCGUAUUAAAUAUAAACAGAAGAAGGACAUUUUCCACGAGUCAAGCAUACAAGUGAAGGAUCCACUGCACCUGUUUCGGAAAUGGUUCGACGAAGCUUGCAACACUCCAGAAAUCAUCGAACCGAACGCAAUGUGCUUGGCAACAGCGACUAAAGAUGCUGCACCGUCGGCUAGGUUUGUGCUUCUAAAGGAUGUGAGCGAAUGUGGAUUUACGUUUUUCACCAAUUACGAUAGUCGGAAAGCGGAAGAAUUGGCUGAAAACCCCAAAGUGGCAUUGGCGUUUUACUGGUUGCCCUUGCGUCGCUCGGUACGCAUUGAAGGUACAGCGGAGCGUAUUUCGCGUGCCGAUUCGGAGGCCUACUUUCACCAGCGACCGCGUGCCAGUCAGAUCGGAGCUUUGGCCAGUCCACAGAGUAAACCGAUUCCGAGUCGUGAUUUUCUGGACCAAAAGGAACAGCAAAUUAAAUCCGAACUCGGUCCAGACGGUGUAGUUCCGCUGCCGAACUGGGGCGGCUAUCUGGUACGACCGGCAGCCGUUGAGUUCUGGCAGGGACAAACCGACCGGCUGCACGAUCGGAUUCGAUUCCGGCGGGAACUGCGUCCCGGGGAGGCGGUCGAUGAGAAUCUUCUGCAUCAAGGCGAAAAUGGUUGGCUCUAUGAACGAUUGGCACCUUAGACUAAGUUGUACUAGCGCAAAAAUGUGGGCUUCCAUUUAGGUGAAAUUUGAAUUUUCUAGUACUAGAAUUGGUACAAAUUGAAUUAUUUGUUGAAAAAUAUGUUGCUUAUAAUAGAAGUUGAGUUAAUUGUUAUGAAUAAAAUAUUCACAUAUCGCA